AUGCCAGCGGAAGCAAUACUACAGCCUCUUGAGUGGAACGAUGAAUUGGAGGCGGCGGCUCAACGCUGGUCUCAAAAAUGUGAUGCUUAUGACGAGAAACCGAUUGGAAGUGUUGGUAAAUUUGACUCCGUGGGUCGAAACACCGCUGUACACUCCGAGUUGGCAGAAGCUGUUACUUAUUGGAUGAAAGAAUCGGACCACUAUGAUCACAAAUCAGACCGCUGUGAGCCACCGCAUCAAUGUGACAGUUACAAGCAGAUAGUUCAAGCAGAAACGGCUUACGUAGGAUGUGGCUAUACCAGAUGUCCAGGCUAUGAAUAUCCAGCAAACAUGUUGAUUGCCUGUUUCUACUCACCCGCGGUGAUAAAACGUCAACCGUACACUGACGAAAAGAACUGUGGAUGCAAGAAUGUAACUGAGGGUCAGAAUGGAAUAAAUGAGAAGAAGAAAAAAGUGGAGCAGAAGAAGGAGUAUGUGAAAUGGAAAAUGGAAAAGAAGGAAGAGAAGAAGGCGGAGGAGAAGGAGAAGAAUAAAACUGAGAAAAAGAGGAAAUUGGAAGAGAAGUGA